AUGUCGAGAUUCCUACGAUCAAGGCGGUUACUACCGCCGUUGGUCAUCGCCACCGCGGCGGGUGGUGUUCUUUACUACACAUACCGUCCACGAAACAUCCCCGGGUUUGAGGGCCCGGUGGUCCCGCCCCCCAUCUUCGGGGCCGACGGCACCUUCAAGUUGCCCCGCUUCCCCCGCGUCAAGUCACGCCUCGAGCAGAUCGCCGACCUCAAGAAGAGCAGUAGCGCGGAUAGCCUCAAUGGGAACAUUGCGCCUGAUGAUGGGGGGGAAUAUGAUAUGUUAGUCAUUGGGGCCGGCGCAACGGGGUCCGGCGUUGCCCUCGAUGCGGCUACGCGCGGGCUCAAGGUGGCCGUGGUCGAGCGCGGUGACUUCAGCUGCGGUACAAGCAGCAAAAGCACCAAGCUCGUCCACGGUGGUGUGCGGUAUCUUGAGAAGGCCGUGUGGAACUUGGACUAUUCCCAGUACGAGCUCGUGAAGGAAGCACUCAAGGAACGCACCUACUUUUUGCAGACCGCGCCACAUCUGAGCAGUUGGCUGCCCAUCAUGCUACCACUUGAUCGCUGGUGGAAGAUCCCAUACUACUGGGCCGGCACCAAAUUUUACGACUUUCUGGCUGGCAGCGAGGGCAUAGAGAGCUCGUAUUUUCUCACCAGGAGUAAGGCUAUUGACGCCUUUCCCAUGCUGAAGCAAACCGAUCUAGUGGGCGCUUUAGUGUACUAUGACGGUGCGCACAAUGACUCACGCAUGAACGUGUCGCUCGCUAUGACAGCCGCCCUGUAUGGAGCCACUGUUGUCAACCACAUGGAGGUCACCGGCCUAGUCAAGGAUGCGCAGGGGAAACUGUGCGGGGCCACGGUCAAGGACAACAUUGCGGAGCGAGACGGCAAGCCGACCGAGGCUUUCAACAUCCGCGCCAAGUGUGUCGUCAACUGCACUGGCCCAUUUACCGAUGGCAUCCGCAAGAUGGACGACCAGGACUGCAAGGAGAUUGUAGCCCCUGCGUCGGGCGUGCACAUCAUCCUGCCUGGCUACUAUAGCCCCGGGAAGAUGGGUCUGAUCGACCCGGCUACCUCGGACGGACGUGUCAUCUUCUUUUUGCCUUGGCAGGGCAACACCAUCGCCGGCACCACCGACGAGCCGGCCGUUGUGUCCAGAAACCCGCUGCCGGACGAGAAGUCGAUCCAGUGGAUCCUGAAUGAGGUCAGCCACUACUUAUCCCCCGAUAUCAACGUGCGCCGUGGCGACGUGCUAGCCGCCUGGUCGGGGCUGCGCCCGCUCGUCAAGGAUCCCAAGGCCAAGAACACCGAGUCCCUCGUGCGCAGCCAUCUGGUCGACAUCUCCGAGUCAGGCCUGAUCACUUGCGCGGGCGGCAAGUGGACGACCUACCGCCAGAUGGCCGAAGAAUGCGUUGAUGCGGCUGUCAAGACCUUCAAGCUUCCAGUCCGACCUGUUCUGAACGCCCCGCGCGUUAGCGGCACCGAGAACGUCGACGACGGCGCUGAUCUCGACGGCUCGUGCCAGACACAUCAGGUCCGUCUCAUCGGCGCCCACGGCUUCAGCCGCACCCUCUUCAUUCACAUUAUCCAACAUUUCGGCGUCGAGACCGAGGUCGCUAAGCACCUGACCGAGAGUUACGGGGACCGCGCCUGGACCGUCGCUGCGCUGUGCCGCGCCACCGAGAAACGCUUUCCCGCCCGCGGCGAGCGCAUCUCACAGCUGUAUCCGUUCGUCGACGGCGAAGUGCGAUAUGCCGUGCGCCAUGAGUAUGCCCAGACCGCGGUCGACGUGCUGGCGCGCCGGACCAGGCUAGCAUUCUUGAAUGCGCAGGCCGCGUUAGAGGCGCUACCGAAGGUGAUUGAUAUCAUGUCGCAGGAACUUGGGUGGGAUCGAAAGAGGCAGGAUGUGGAGUGGAAGGAGACCGUCUCUUUCCUCGAGUCCAUGGGUCUCCCCCAACCCAUGCUAUCCGUCACUCGCAAGCAAAUUGAGCAGGGUAAAAUCGACUUCAAAUCGUCGCUCGAGUACCGCAUGUACUCGCGUCACGAUAAGCCAGUGGAUGACAAGGCGUAA